AUGUGGCCGGGAAGGACACAAACACAAGCCCGGGGUGAAGAAGAGGUGCGGCUGGUCCGGGAGUGUCUCUCGGAGGGGGCGACACUGAAGCUUGAGGUCUGCUGGAUGAAGAGGAGCCAGUCCUGUUGUACCCUCUACCUGGAGUCCUCAGCUGAGCUGCAAAGCUCCAAGGAUGCCCUGACAAUGGGAGGCUGCGUCCACGAUGGUGACCCUGAAGCCUGUCAGGAGUCCGAUGUACCUCUCAUACCAGCAGAGGAAAAUGACAUUGAGUUCAGCAUUGAUUCAGGGUCAGAAGUAUCUUCUUGUUUGACAGACAAGUGCUUCUCAGUCUACAUGGCCCUGUGGAUUCCUAGGAGCCACAAGGCAAAUUACAGGUUGGAAAUCGGAACAUUUCAAAGAGGGGUAGAGAGGUUGGAGCAGAGUGACUGCUACAUAACAAAAUGUCCAGUGAUAACAUCCACGCUGGGCCAAGACAUCGUCGGCCGCGUUCGCUCACUCAGCAUCCUUCACCAGGAGAGGUGUGGGAGCCCGCAGUGGUCCCACGUCCUAGAACACAGACGCAGCGAGGUGGGCGGCACGCACGAGACAGAGGACAGGUCUCCGCUGCCCCAGUUCCCCCUCCCCGCCACCCUCUUCCUCCAACCCGAGAUCCUCAUCGAAUUGACUGAUUCAUUCCUGACCCCGUGGCUGCUGUCCCUUCAAGGGGAGCUGGUGGCUUCUCUGGAACACGCCAGCCUGAUGGCGUUGCGCAUGUACGUCAACACCACCACGGCCGCUCCCAAAGUUGCCGUGAGCAGUUUCAGAGGCCACAGAGGGCCACUCCUGUCUCGCCAGGUGCUGAACACCUUCCUGGAGCUCCUGGCUCUUGGGCUGGGGAGCGGUGACUAUGCCGAUUCUUUAGAAGCUUCUUGCCCUCCGGUGUCAUCUCAGCCAGAGUCGGAGGUCACAUUCCCAGGCAGAAGCAAAAGAGGUUUCUGCUUUGAGGUUUCUGCAGGCUUGAGCCUGAAAUUCCCCUGAGCCCACCAGUCCAGCAUCAACAUAGUCGUGGAAAACAGGUACUUUGUGGUGGCCGGCAUCCCGGUGUCUGGGGUGCUCCCGGUCCAGAAAGUGCAGGGCUCCUUCCAGGGUGCGGGACCUGAGACCCAUCCAGCAGGAAAGCCUUCUGCUGCCACGUCCCAGUUCUAAAUUGCAGGACCAGCUGCCUGGGAAGGACAGGAUGGUCUAGGAGCCACAAGGCCUGAGCAGGACCCUCCCCAGACACCAGGAAGGCCCCUCCUGCCGGGAGGGUUGUCAGGGGGAGAUGUGGCUGCAACUGAGCCUUUGCAGGGGGUCUCGGCCAGGCCAGACAGGAGGUCCUCAAUGCCCAGCCCCACUGCAGAGGUGUCGGGUUCCUGCUCACUCUCCGGCUCCCUGGCCCAGAAGCGCAGCGGUGGCCUGAACCGGACAGCGGUGGCCUGA